CAAGGUAGUCUUACUCCUAUUCUAUUCUAUUCAUAGAGAGUUGCUAUGGAUUCCUGCGGUGUCGGCGUUGUCAUGGUAACACCCGGAGCGUCAAUAUGUCUGGCGGAGGGAGACGCCGUGAGAGGAAAGAAAGGCCAAAAGUAGACGACAGUAAACCACCGCCAGAGGUCGUUGUUUUCCUCCAGUGGGAACCUGUCCCGCUCGAACAGAUUAAAGUCCUGUUGAAGAAAACUGCGGACGAGAUUCAGUCGGAGCUGAAUCAGGUUCUGGGCUUCUGGAACCAUCAGGUGUGCAUGAAAGAAGCUGCUCUGUUGGAUUACUAUGUCUGUGGUUUCUGCUGGGCCAAAGACGCCGACUUCAGUCCCACACAGACGUCCUUCAUCAUGGCUGUACUUCACAUGCUGCUGGACAACAUCAGAGAUAAACAGAUGGCUUUGGUGGAGAACAUGUUGGAGUUUACGAAGGCCUUAGCCGCCGCCUGCCACCGCUCCUCUACUGAAAUGGAAAACGCCUCUCCACUUCUGAGCACAGACGAAGCCAUGGCGCUCAUCGGUCACAUCGAAAACAGUUUGUUUCAGAAACACAGACUCUAUGAGCUGCUGUUCACCUCAGACAGAGAAGAGAACCUGACGACUGCCGAGAGGACGCUGGAGGUGUUUGGGCGUCAGCAUCCUCUCACCCCAUUGGAGGAGGGAAUCCCCGCCCACCUUCACCACGACUGGUCACCAAGACAACUGGACAGACACUGUGAGCUCUGACCUGUCAUUCCC